AUGUCGCCGGGUGCGACAGCUCUCGCCAUGACGCACCUUCCCGCUGCCACGACCGCCGCCGCAAUUCCCGGCGACUGCUACUAUGGCGGGUCCUGGGGGGGAUCGGCGCGAGGGAGCGACUCAGCGUGGAGCCGCGGACAUGCCAAGUGCGACGGCAAUGGCGGAGCGGGUCUUGAUCAUGUGUUGGAUGGCCACAACAACGGCAACGGCGGCGGCAAGAGGGUUUUCAGUCCACCGAACCCUGAUCGCCAUGACGGGGAAGGUAGCGGAGACGGCGCCGCAGGUAGCGGCAUUACGAACGCUGCGACCGUCGCGAUAAUGCCAUCGAUGGCGGUCGACGCGUGGGGAUCGUCCCCGCGAUCGGCGCGCCGAUCGUCAGGCGUCAACGCGCCGCCGCGAUGGAUGGACCCGCGCGGCGCGGGGGGCGUUGCCCCCGCUGCGACGAGAAUGGCGAGCAACGGCGCUGCGGAGGGGAAUGCGGCGGCGGGUUUUGCGGCGACGGCAGCGAAAGCGGAGGGUGCGGACGAGGACGACGAGUGGUUGAGCAUGGACGUCGCGAGGGAGUGGGAGGGCACGGUUGCUGCGGAAGCCAAUCAGCGGAGAACGCGCGCGCGCGAGACGAGCAGCACGGGCUGCUACGGGCCGUCCUCGGAGCGCGCGAACGGGCCGAAGCGCCAGGCCUGCGUGGAUCGCUCCGGCGUCGCAUCAGCGACGGUUGGGUCGCUUGGGACGGCAGUGCUGUCGCCCGCGAUUACUGUUGGAGAUGCUGCGACGGUCGCAAGCGACAAUGUCUCUGGAGGCGGGUCGGAUUGGCGGGAGGACACCGCGCCGUGCGUCCGCGCAGACGCGUGGGGCGGGGGAAACCACGCGGCGGCGUUUCCCGUGGCGGGAGAAGCGGGCUGCGCGUCGGGGGUGGCCGGAAGCCAUGGGGGAGCCAGACGGCGAGGGGAGGAGGCGCAAACGGGGAGCCAAGGGGGAAGCCAUGUUCCGCCAUACGCGGGCGGGGAGGAUGCGCGGGAGGACAGGAAGCAGAGGCGCAUGGUGAGCAACCGGGAGUCUGCUCGGCGGUCGAGACUGCGCAAGCAAACGCACAUGGAUGCGAUGAAGCUCGAGGCGUGCAGGCUGCAAGGCCACAACACGGACAUGGCGGCGCGCCUCACAACUGCCUCAGAGAAUCUCAACCAGAUCACGCGGGAGAAUCGCCUGCUGCGAUCCCAAGCCACCGACCUCUCACGCCGCCUGCAGCGGCUGCAGUACCAGAUCGCUGCAGCGCAGCACUCGCACGCCCACGCGCAGAUCUCCCACUCGCAGGCUCAGCCUUGCCAGGCCAUGGACUAG